AUGCCUAGCGCCGUUGCGCCGCGCCGCACAGUCAGCAAUAACACCGCUCUAUUCUCUACCUUCCACUCUACAUCGCCAUUCAGGCUCGCAUUGCCCACCAUGUCGACGGCGGAGUCCUACCUCAAGGCUUUGCUCGCGCUUUCUGGGGACGAGCAACUCGCCGUCCCCCGCAGACAUCUACUCAACACCAUGAAAGACGGCGAUGUCGCGGAACUACUCACCAAGGUCGUACAGAGAGAGUUUGCGCGAGGCGGAUUAGAUGAUAUUGUUGAGUUCAUUCUUAACGUCAUCGCGAGGGAUCCUGCUUUUGUCGAGCACAGCGACACCACUGAAGCACGCGCGCCAAGCUUCAAGGGUAAAGAGGCUCGAGGAAACGACAUUCAACAGCAUUCUGGAAACGAGAUCACGGUGCUCAACGAUUCUCCAACAUCAGGUGAAUCGGUGACACAAAUGCAGGCAGGGAAGCGACGACCUCCGUACUCUUCUGGCAGUGGGAUCCGCAAACGCUCGAAGCUCACUGAGCCUCUUGCAGUCGCCAGGCCUGAUACUUCAUCAGCAUAUCCCACACCUGCGCUCGACGAUGUUCCCACCGCCUCGCCCAAGCUUUCUCAGAAAGUAACGCUCAAGUGCCAGGCGGUGCAGGUGAUCACCGAUAAGCAUAUCCCGCCCAUCGAAAUUGUCCGCUACGUAGGCGACUCUUACUUUCAGCUUACCACCUUCGCCAGAGGCAGCCUGGAAGCUUUAAUCGUUGAAAAGUUUGACACAGAUUAUCUCUCUGAUGAUGGCCGUAUAUAUGAGUGGGAGAGGCUGGUGAGGCUGCAGAAGGGGCUCGUGAGUCAACGUUGUGUCAAUGAGACUGUCGUCAUGAGGGCCAGGCAGCCCGGUGGACGAACGGGGAACAUGAACGAAGCGUGCGAUCGCUGCGUCAGAAUGAAACGCUUGUGUGCCCGACUAGUCAAAAUCGACGAAGUGACCAAACUUGCCUUUUUCCCCUUACCUCGCCAACACCGAGGUGACGCGGCAAGUUUCUCGCUGAGCUACUGGGAGUCAAUCUCACUGAUCACACCCAUCAUGUCAACCGCCAAAGGUUACCACGAUGCACUCCUAGCCCUCUCUGGCAAUCCCGUCUUUACCGGCGCACGAAACAAUCUUCUCGCGAGCAUCAGCGACAACGAACUGCUCGACGUCAUCACCUACGGUCUCAAGACUGGCUCCCCCAGAGAAACUCUCAACGCCAUCGCGACGCGACUACUUGAUGGGCUUGCGAGGGCUCGAAACGCCGACGGCGCGGCAGCACCGGUAGAGGGCAAACAUAGUGGCGACGAUGAUGGAGAUGAUGAUGACAGUGGCGGUGGUGGUGUCCGCAAGAGUGGUCGAGGUGCUAAACCUAGAAAGAAGACAGUAGAAGGAACACCUAGAAGAAAACGUGGACCACCUAAACUAGCUCAGACCACAACAUCGCAAGGAACUCCAUCAUCGACUACAAACAAGAAGAGAACGGGAGACUGCCUCAUGCAAGAUGGGAAGAAGAGAAGGAACGCAAGUCCGGAGCCGAUGGACGAUGAUGAAGAUUUCUUCAAGGCAGAGAAUAAUGAAGAGCAGGAAGUAGUGAAGGUGCCUGCAAAGAAAGCGAUCAAGAAGCCUUCCAACACCACUGCAGCGGCCGAAAUCAAUACCACGGCAUCUCCUAGCACCACCACAGCAACCGACAGCGACACAAUCACAAGCUUUGAAGGCUGGGAGUUGUGGCAAGAGAUCCAGAAGAACUCCGUGGUCAGGGAUCUACAACUUGUCAACAGCAAUGAUACCGAUGGCAAGGGAAAGAACGGCGAUGGGAAGCAAGCCAAUUCCAGAUUUCUACCCUCCAGCAUUACCAAGACUACACAGAUCCCCGAUAUCGAGGUCCGUUUCAAAGUACCCAUCAUGCCAGGUAUUCCGCUCGAUGCCAAACGAGGAACGAUGGACGUCUUCGAACCCGAAUUCGUCAAAGACUUUGUUCUCAAAUUCAACAAAGACUACCUCGUGGGCGAAAAGAAUAGGAAGGCGUUCCGCGACAUGAUCAACCAGGAGUUUCCAUCUGAUUCUUGUUUAUAUCGCCACCCACAAUCCAAAUUGGCACUGGGCAUGUAA